ACGCCCCGUAUUGGUGACGUCACACCUCGUAACGCCAUUUUUGUUGGGGAGCAGUCGUGUCAAGAAAAGGAGGAUUAGAUUCAGUACAGGUAUAUCAAACGGUGUCUCGUGUAUUCAUCUCUUCGAGUUGUCCGCAAAAAAGGACACUUGCUUGUCCAUCACACUCACAUAAUGUCGUCAGAAAACCUGGACUCGGACACUCAGGUGGACUAUGAGGACGAAAAACAGGACUCCCAGGAGAAGAAUGCAAACCCCGUGAAGUCGGAGGAGGCCAAGCUGAAAGCCAAGUACCCCAGCCUGGGCCAGAAGCCCGGCGGCUCAGACUUCCUGAUGAAGAGACUACAGAAAGGGCAAAAGUACUUUGACUCAGGAGACUACAACAUGGCCAAGGCCAAGAUGAAGAAGCUUCCCGUGGCAGGGCCCGACAACAACCUGGUGACCGGCGACCACAUUCCCACGCCGCAGGACCUGCCCCAGCGGAAGUCCUCCUUGGUGACCAGCAAGCUAGCCGGCUAGCCUCCAUCAUACCUAGAAGCACCCUCACGCUCCCUCCCCCCCCACCGGGGCUCCCGUCAAAUGUCCCUCCUCCUCAGCCGCGUCCCCAAUAUGUCCAUCCCCUCCCCUGUCUUCUGUUUUUUAUCCCAAGGCACCACUGGCUUUAACAUGUCGGGCAGAGUUGUAGAAGUUAAAACUCCAUUUGCUUGUAUGUGGGUGGGGUGGGGUGGGAGGGGUGGAGGCUUAGGUGGCCCGUGAGGUCGCAGCCUUCUCUGCCUUCCCGCCACGCACAGCUCGGCCCCCCUCCGCGCACUCUGCUCUGCCGCCUCCCUUAUGUCUUGGUUUUCGGUGUUCCAAGAUGCAUCACAGUAGGUGUGUCAUCGGGCAGGGGUUGGAUGGGGUGAGUUAAUGCACUUUGUAGUCUGUAUAGUAGACUUUGUUCUUUUUUGCAUCCUAAAUGACACCAAAAUAAUGCGUGUAAGGGAGUUAGGAACCAUGAUCGCCGCGCGUCCCUUGAUUUUUUUUUUUUUUUUUUUUUAAUGUUCCCUAGCUAUGCUGGUGGCUGGCUUCGACGGGAGGGGCUUGAAUGAUGUAUGUGAAUAAUUGCUUGCAUACCAAAUCUGUGAGGGGCAGCUGCCUCUAGCUCUCGAGCAUUCACUGACAUCGCGUUGGGAAAUGAGGGAAAUGAACGGAGGCUUCCUUUCAUCUCGUCCUUCAGCCACCUUUCGUCGAACAAAACCCGAGGUCAUCUGCUGCAGCUCGGGCCAAACAGGAAUUUCGAAGCGCCACUUCCCCCCCCCGUCCUCUCUGCUAAUGUUGCUUUAAUUCUUGACUCCCGUUGCUCCUGUUCUCUCUAAAUAUGCUGCAUGAUUGUAACAUGUAA